AUGUACGGCAAUCUAGCUAAUAAGUUGAUACUCGAUGCGAAGAGAUCUACUAAUUUAUCAGAAAUACCAUUAUACCAAAGCGAUUUAGUAAAAAGUAUAAUCAAAGAAACGGCUGAUCUCAAUAAAGAUGCUGAAUACUUAGGUGAAGAACAACGAAUACAAGAAGAAGAUUCAGAGAAUGCUGAUGAAGAAAAGAUGAAGAUUAAUCAAUGCCAGUUAUUUGUUACUCAUUUGUGUAUGCGUAGGAAUAAAAGAUGUUUGUUGGCAUAUCAAAAAUUAAGAGCUGACAAAAUUGAUGAGUUCUCUUGGUUAAAUAUUGACCCCAUAACAGAAUCGGCUAACACAGAUCCCAAUAGAAAUAGGUUUGGAUCCACAGGGAACGGGACCAAUGCUUUGGUUAGCAAUUCAGCCAAUUACACUACGCAAUUGAAUCUAGAUAACUUGAAUCAUGCAGAGCAGGAAUACUACAAGAAUUAUCAGCACUUAAUAACUGAUUACAAGUCAAAUUUCGCUGAUAUAGACUUGUCGGGAGACUUGGAUCCACCUACUAAUAUAUUCACCGACGUCAGAGUUCUUAGAAAUGGGGGUGAAGUUCAGACUGAAUAUGGUGUAUUUAACUUAAUCAAAGACUCUCAGUUUUAUGUGAGAAAGUCUGAUGUUGAGAGGCUAAUUCAACAAGGUUAUCUUGAAGAAAUAUAA